AUGAACACACACCGGCCAAUCGAGUCCGUGCGCGCGCACGAGCCGGCCGUGCUCAACGCCGCCUUCAACCAGGACCAGACGUGUUUUGCCGUGUGCCACGAGUCCGGGUUCCAGGUGUACAACACAGACCCGAUGGAGUUGCGCAUGAAGCGUACCUUCAGCACGAACGGCGGCGUCGGACUGAUCGCCAUGCUCCACCGCACCAACUACGUCGCGCUCGUUGGCGGCGGUCGCCAGCCGCGGUUCCCCGUCAACAAGCUGUGCAUCUGGGACGACCUGAAGAAGAAGCCGUCCAUCAUGCUGGAGUUCAUGAGCCCGAUCCUCAACGUGCUGCUCUCUAGAAUUCUGAUCGUGGUGGUGCUGAAAAACAAGGUUCUGAUCCACGCGUUCGAAUCCAAGCCCAAGCUGCUCGCGCAGCACGAAACCUACGACAACGAAGCGGGCGUCGCAGAGCUCAGUGUCAACGAGCAGACCAGCUUCCUCGCGUUCCCCGGUCGCGCUAUUGGCCAGAUCCAGCUCGUGGACGUUUCGCCUGCACACCGCGACCGCAACCUCAUCUCCAUCAUCAAGGCCCACAAGUCCAGGAUCCAGUGUCUCGCCAUCUCCAACUCGGGACUCCUGAUCGCGUCUGCGUCCCAAACAGGCACCAUCAUCCGCAUCCACGACACCGCCAAGUGCUCGCUGCGCUUCGAGCUGCGCCGCGGCCUCGACCGUGCCACCGUCACUUCCAUCAAGUUCUCGCCCGACGACUCCAAGCUCGCCGUGCUCAGCGACAAAAACACCCUCCACGUGUACAACCUCACCGCGGCCGACCCGCAGCCCGAGUCCGCCAUGGCCAAUCGGCUCCACCUGCUCAGCGCCGUCCCGCUCAUGCCCACGUAUUUCCGCUCCGUGUGGUCCUUUGUCAGCUACCACAUCGACACCAAAGACGACGCCGUCAACGACUGCGGCGUGCUCGGUUGGGCCGACAACGAGAGCAUUGUCGUGCUCUGGAAGAAGAAGGGCAUAUGGGAAAAAUACGUCUUGGUGGAGAACGACAAGUGGACGCUGGUCAGGGAGGGCUGGCGCCGUUUCGAGGAAUAGGUCCACACGCUAUAGUUUGGCCUGGCGCACGCGCGACGGGCAAAUGACCGCUUCCAGCCACACCCGAAGGCCUCUCCGGCCCGCGACCCUGCAACGACGCACCAGCGCGCCCCAUCCGUGACACUCGAGCUCCGCCACAGCCACACGCACGCUCUCCAAACUGUCCCCGAGAACAGCCACCUCCGCCACCUCGUACGCGGCACUCAGCGCGGUGAGACUGCGCACACACGCUCGUGCCUGCUCGGCCGCGUCCGGCGCGCGCAAGACAUCGUAUACGGAUACU